AUGCCUGUUGUCAGCCCUGAACGGCUCGCGAGCCUGCAGCGGCAGUCCCAUGAUAUCCGCAAUAUUUGUAUUCUGGCCCACGUUGAUCACGGCAAGACUUCCCUGACUGAUGCCUUGUUGGCCACCAACGGCAUCAUCUCGCCCAAACUGGCCGGCAAGAUCCGGUACCUUGACUCGCGCCCUGAUGAGCAAACCCGCGGCAUCACCAUGGAGUCGUCGGCCAUUUCGCUCUACUUCUCCAUGCUCCGGAGAUCCGCCCCUGGCGCGGACCCUGUCCCCAAGGAGUAUCUCAUCAAUCUGAUUGACUCACCCGGCCACAUCGACUUCAGUAGUGAGGUCUCCACAGCUUCCCGACUAUGCGAUGGGGCCGUGGUCCUCGUUGAUGCCGUUGAAGGGGUUUGCAGCCAAACCGUCACUGUUCUUCGCCAAACGUGGAUGGAAAAGCUAAAGCCCCUGCUCGUCAUUAACAAGAUGGACCGGCUGGUGACGGAGCUGAAAAUGUCCCCCGCAGAGGCCUAUGUUCAUCUAAGCAAGCUGCUUGAGCAGGUCAAUGCCGUGCUGGGCAGUUUCUUUCAAGGCGAACGAAUGGAGGAGGAUCUGAAUUGGAGGGAGACCAUGGAGGAGCGCGUCAACGCCGCGGCCGCCGCUAAAGCAUCUGCGGCCGAGGACACGGUCAGCGAGACGGGAGAGCUCCAAUUCGAAGAACGGGACGACGAAGACAUCUACUUUGCGCCGGAAAAGAACAACGUCAUCUUCAGCAGCGCCAUCGACGGCUGGGCGUUUACCUGCCGGCAGUUUGCCAGUCUAUACGAGAAGAAACUCGGCAUCAGGAGAGGCGUCAUGGAAAAAGUUCUCUGGGGCAACUUUUAUCUCGACCCCAAGACAAAGAAAAUUCUCGGCCCAAAGCACCUCAAAGGACGAAACCUGAAGCCCAUGUUUGUGCAGCUCGUUCUCGAGCCCAUCUGGACCGUCUACCAGGCUACAUGCGGCGGAGACAGCGGUAAGGGAGACCCGGACAUGCUCGAAAAGGUCACAAAGUCCCUGAGCAUUACCAUUCCGCCUCAUGUAAUCCGGGCGAGAGAUUCGAGGCUGCUUUUGACGACCGUCUUUGCCUCGUGGCUGCCCUUGUCGACGGCGCUGCUGGUAUCCGUCGUCGAAUCCCUGCCAUCCCCACCGGUGGCGCAAGCCGAACGUCUGCCCGACCUGCUCGAGCAUUCGCCGGGGUCGCAAUGCAUUGACAAGGGUGUCCGUGACGCCGUGGUGUCGUUCAAAGACGAAAAGUCAGAUCCAGUCGUCGCGUACGUCAGCAAGAUGGUCUCCAUCCCCGAGAACGAGCUCCCCGAGAACAAAAGGAGAACCACGGGCCAGAUGAGCGGAGAAGAAGCACGGGAGCUGGCCCGGAGAAAGAGGGCCGAAGCAACAAGAGCACAAGCUGCCAGGGAGGAAACCGGGAUCGGGAGUCUCACGGAGGCUGUCGAUUCCGCCAACAUCGACGAUGCUGUCCCAGAGACGGAGGAGAAGAAGGCGGACCCUGAGCGCCUGGUGGGCUUCGCCCGGAUAUACUCUGGCCACCUUUCCGUCGGCGACACUCUCUACGUUGUGCCUCCCAAGUGGUCUCCUGCGGAUCCUCGUGCGGAUGCUAAGCCGCAACAAGUCACCGUGACCGCGCUCUACAUGUUCAUGGGCAGAAACCUAGAACCCCUGGAUUCGGUGCCGGCGGGUGUGGUGUUUGGCAUUGGCGGGCUGGAAGGCAAGAUUCUGAAAUCCGGAACUCUCUGCAGCCGCCUGCAAGGCGCCGUCAACCUCGCGGGCGUAAGCCUGACUGGAAAGCCGAUUGUGCGGGUAGCGCUGGAGCCAAAAAACCCAGCAGACCUCGACAAGAUGAUCAAGGGGCUGCAACUUCUCGUGCAAAGCGACCCUUGCGCCGAGUACGAACAGUUUGCCAGCGGCGAGCACGUCCUGCUGACCGCCGGUGAGCUGCAUCUCGAGCGAUGCCUCCUGGACCUCAAGGAAAGAUUUGCCUGCUGCGACAUUCAGGCGGGCGCGCCCAUCGUGCCUUACAGGGAGACGAUCGUUCGUGCAGAGGAGAUGCGACCGCCGGCAAACAAAGACCUCGGACGGGGGGCCGUUGUCGGCGUUACGAGCUCGAAACAGGUGACAAUUACACUUCGCGUCCGGCCACUGCCGGCAGAUGUCACCGAAUUUCUCAUCAAGAACGGCGACUCCAUCAAGCGGCUGUACACGGAACGCAGAUCCACCGAGGAUGGCGGCAGCAACGGAGCCGGCGAGGAGAACAUUGUGCCGGACACGGCGGUCACAGCUAGCAAUACACUGUCGGUCGACGAGUUCAAGCAGCAGCUCCAGCAACAGCUGGAGACGGGCAAGGGGCGCGAUGUGUGGAAGAGCCGCGUGAAUCAGAUUGCAGCGUUUGGGCCGCGACGCACGGGGCCGAACCUGCUCGUCGACGCGACCAAGGACGGCAUUUUGCCCAAGGUAUUCACGGCCAACAAAAGCUUCAAUGAUGCCCCUCGGGCAGAAGAGACCCUUCGAGCCUCCCACUUGUCGGACAAGAUUACCUACGCUUUCCAACUGGCGACGGCGCAGGGGCCGCUGUGCCACGAGCCCAUGCAAGGAGUUGCCGUCUUCAUCGAGGAUGUCGGCCUGAGCCUUUCCGAGGACGACUCGUCGGCCCACGACAGGCUCGGCAGGUUGACGGGCGAAAUUAUCAAGUCGCUACAGUCGUCGGUCCGCGCGGCUUUUCUCGACUGGUCGCCGCGCCUGAUGCUGGCCAUGUACUCGGUCGAGAUCCAGGCAUCGACCGAGGUCCUCGGCCGCGUGUAUGACGUGCUGACCCGGCGGCGCGGACGCGUCAUGGCCGAGACCAUGAAGGAGGGCACGCCCUUCUUCACCAUCCAGGCACUGCUCCCCGUGGCCGAGAGCUUCGGGUUUGCAGACGAGAUGCGCAAGCGCACGAGCGGAGCGGCGCAGCCACAGCUGAUCUUUGCGGGGUUCGAGAUUCUGGACGAGGACCCGUUCUGGGUGCCCUUCACCGAGGACGACCUAGAGGACCUGGGCGAGCUGGCGGACAAGGAGAAUGUGGCGAAGCGGUAUAUGGACGGGGUCAGGCGGAAGAAGGGUCUGCUGGUCGAGGGCCGGCUCGUCGCGACAGACGCAGAGAAGCAAAAGACGCUGAAGCGAUGA